AGCUGACUGGCAGGAGCUGGACGAUUUAAACAGUAAUCCGGGACUGCUGGCUGCAGUAAGAAUAUCGGGUCCGUCCCGCGAGAAGCGAGACUGUUAGGUAGUAUGGGAUGCCACUGAUUUCCCAUGAGGACUGUGGGCAUGUAGUCUCCUGCUAAUUCUGUCCAGACCCUCCCCCUUCCCAAUCCAAGAUGGCGGUCCAGGAAUCAGCUGCUCAGCUCUCAAUGGCUCUGAAGGUUCAGGAAUAUCCAACUUUAAAGGUUCCGUAUGAGACUCUAAACAAGCGUUUUCGGGCUGCCCAGAAGAACAUUGACCGAGAGACGAGCCACGUCACUAUGGUUGUGGCUGAACUAGAGAAAACAUUGAGCAGCUGCUCAGCCGUGGACAGUGUUGUUAGUCUGCUUGAUGGCGUAGUUGAAAAAUUAAGUGUUCUUAAGCGAAAGGCUAUGGAAUCGAUCCAGGCAGAGGAUGAGAGCGCCAAACUGUGCAAACGGCGGAUUGAACACCUGAAGGAGCACAGCAGUGACCAAACGGCGGCCAUCAAUAUGUGGAAAAAGAAGCGUAUGGACCGAAUGAUGGUGGAACAUCUCCUGCGCUGUGGCUACUACAACACGGCUGUGAAACUAGCCCGACAAAGUGAGAUCGAGGACUUGGUGAACAUUGAAAUGUUUUUGACUGCCAAGGAAGUGGAGGAGUCUCUGGAAAGGCAAGAAACCAUGACUUGCCUGGCCUGGUGCCAUGAUAACAAAUCAAGGCUUAGGAAAAUGAAGAGCUGCCUGGAAUUCAGUUUGAGGAUCCAAGAGUUUAUUGAACUGAUUCGACAGAACAAGAGGCUGGAUGCCGUUCGACACGCAAGAAAGCAUUUCAGCCAGGCAGAGGGCAGCCAACUAGAUGAAGUUCGCCAGGUGAUGGGGAUGUUGGCCUUUCCUUCCGACACCCACAUCUCUCCAUACAAGGAUCUUCUGGACCCAGCGCGGUGGCGAAUGCUCAUCCAGCAGUUCCGUUAUGAUAACUAUAGGCUGCAUCAGUUGGGGAAUAACUCUGUUUUUACUAUAACUCUUCAGGCAGGCCUCUCAGCCAUUAAAACACCACAGUGCUACAAAGAGGAUGGGACUUCAAAGAAUCCAGACUGCCCCGUGUGCAGCAAAUCGCUGAAUAAAUUAGCACAGCCCCUCCCACUGGCACACUGUGCCAACUCUCGGCUGGUCUGCAAGAUUUCAGGAGAUGUCAUGAAUGAAAACAAUCCUCCCAUGAUGCUCCCAAAUGGAUAUGUGUAUGGAUACAAUUCUCUGCUUUCUAUUCGCCAAGAUGACAAAGUUGUUUGCCCCAGAACCAAAGAGGUGUUCAACUUCUCCCAAGCUGAGAAAGUCUACAUCAUGUAGAUGCAGGAACCUCUUGGACCUCUCAACCUUGCCCCGAAAAACAUAACCGGAACGCUCGGUGGAGAGCAAGUAGAAACGCACAAUGGGGACACCAGUGACUGUUAGGUGGUUGCAUUCUUUCUUGCGACCAAAGAUUAACGAGCAACAACAGUACCUGCAUCAAGGAAACAUCAAAAGAAACAUUUGUACUUGAAAUUUACAGUUUUGAUCUUGAGAGUUUUGUAACAUCUGAUGCUUCUGAAAAGUUCUCCUUUAAGAAUUUAGCCAUUUUCUUUUUUUAACACUUAUUUGCUAUAGGGACUUGCAAUGCUUGACUGGUUCCUCAAGUUCUGAGGUUCUAGGGUUCAGUUUUUUUUUUAUUUUUUAAGAGGUCUUGGGAUCCUAUCUGCUAAAGCCUCAUUUUGCUUUGAGAAUGUAUUCACAAAGAAAUCAAAACAUAUUCUUCCAUGUUGGACCUACAGUUGCCUGGAAUGGGUUCGAUAGAGCUUUGCCUACAUUCUAACUGCACAUAAGCAACAGCCGUGGUCCUGAUCCGGCCGCCCUGGAUACGUAUUGCACCGUUAUCAACCAACAGCCGCAAAGGAAGUUUUAGUCUUUGUAACCUUAAGGAAGCCUUGCUGUAGAAACUUGUAUUUAGUGCUUAUUUUUGCAUGUUGGUGUUCAUCAACUAAUAAAAUAUUGUUCAUUUAA